AUGUCCCUUGGACUCCUCUACCCCUCUGGAAGCAAGCGAGGUAGUUGCUCCCACCCGCUGCGGCGUUUGUAUCCUCCUCUCCGUGCAGGAAACCACUGACACCAACCCCAUCAACCCCCAGGUAACCUCUCUUCCUCUCCCCCUCCCAGAAGACCUCGCCGUCGCAGAACCACUCGUCGCCCACGCGCGACACUUCAACACCCUAAUCAACCCCCACGAUCCAGGACGCUACAUCCUCGCCACCACCGCAGACCUGACGAUCCUCCACCGCGCGACGACGGUUCUGGAAGCGGUGCUGAUGGGUCUACUACGUGAUAUGGCGGCGCUUGACCUACGCGUGAGGAAGUUGGCGAAGGAGUGCUGGGAGGUACACGGUGAGGAUGUGGUGGAGAUGUAUCAACAGACCAGUCUUUUGAUGGUGUAUAACCUCGUUGCGGAUCAUGAAGCGGGCCGUUCUCGUGAGCCGGGAGAAGUUUUCCGUAUCCCUAGUUCUAGAACGUAUCCCCCAUCCUUCCCUUCCGUCACGUCGUGCGCGAACGAAAGUCCCGAGCUCGACUGUGAAUGCGCCAUUUGUCUCGAUCCCCCAACCAACCCCGUUCUCACACCAUGCAACCACGUCUUCUGCCAAAACUGCAUCGAGAACUGGGUCAUACAGGAAGGGAAGUAUGCUUGUCCCGCAUGUCGCGCGCGGUUCUCGAGGAGCCAUCUGAGACUUGUGGAUGAGCUGUUGAGAGAACGACAGAGGGGUGUUCCGGCAUGGGUGGAGCUUUUGAGAUUGGUUUCUACGGAAGAUGGGGAGGAGUGUGUGGGGAGGGGGGAAGUGCAUGAGUGGUUUUGGGGGUAUGAGGUGGGGUUUUUGGUGAGGUUUGGGUGGGUGUGA